ACAAAAAAAAACCGUCAUUGCACACAUCAUCGGUUUCCAUUUGCUCCGAACCUUCCAAUAUCUCUGACACAUCAUGAAUGAACAAAAAUUUUAAAACCACUUCCCUUUUACCUUUCAAACCAUGUAAUGAUGUAAUUGCAAACUCACUCCAUUUUCCUUCACUCUCUGAAUAGCAAACAGAGCACCACCCUCAUCUCCAUGGAAAACCCUCCAUUCCCACCUCCACCAACCACCACCACCACCCACGUGGUGGCCGUACCAUACCCAGGCCGCGGCCACGUGAACCCCAUGAUGAACCUCUCCAAGCUCCUCAUCUCCAAAAACCCCAACAUCCUCAUAACCUUCGUCGUCACCGAGGAAUGGCUCACUCUCAUCACCACCUCCUCCGACGACCCCAAACCGCCGCAAAACCUCCGGUUCGCUUCGAUGCCGAAUGUCAUCCCCCCUGAAAGGAAUCGAGCUGAUGACUUCGUUGGCUUCCUUGAAGCUGUCAUGACGAAGAUGGAAGCUCCUUUUGAUGAGCUGCUCCGCCGGCAGCUUGAUCCGCCGCCGAGUGUUGUCGUGUACGACGCUUACCUCUUCUGGGUCGUGCGUGUUGCUAAUAGGAUGAAGGUUCCGGUUGCGUCGUUUUGGCCGAUGUCGGCGUCGUUUUUCGCUGUCCUCAAACAUUAUCAUCUUCUGGAGGAAAAUGGUCAUUAUCCAGUGAAUGUGUCAGAAAACGGUGACAAGCGUGUGGAUUACAUUCCUGGAAACUCAUCAAUCCGCCUAGCAGAUUUUCCUCUUCACGACGCAAGCUCGCGCAGCCGAAGACUGUUAGAGUUAGCCUUAAACACCAUCCCAUGGAUUCACAAAGCACAAUAUCUCUUAUUCCCUUCCAUCUACGAGCUCGAGCAACCAGCCAUUGAUGCUUUGAAAGCAGAGUUUUCAAUCCCCAUCUACACCAUUGGUCCCGUGAUACCAUAUUUCAAUCAUCAUCAUGAUGAUCACAACCACAUUGCUUCUUCUCAUCAUGAUAACAAUUAUAUUAUACAAUGGCUAGACAACCAGCCUUCCGGGUCAGUUUUAUAUGUCUCGCAAGGCAGCUUCCUCUCUGUUUCGAGGGAGCAAAUCGAUGAAAUCGUGAGAGGGCUGCGCGAGAGUGGUGCUAGGUUCUUAUGGGUGCAGCGCGAUGGAGACCAGUGGAAGGAGAUGUGUGGUGAUAAGGGGCUAAUUGUGCCAUGGUGUGACCAAUUGAGGGUGUUGAUGCAUCGUGCGGUUGGGGGGUUUUGGUCACAUUGUGGAUGGAAUUCGACUAGGGAAGGGGUUUUCAGUGGGGUUCCUUUUCUAACAUUUCCUAUUUUUAUGGAUCAGCCUCUUAAUAGUAAGUACAUUGUGGAGGAUUGGAAGGUUGGGUGGAGGGUGAGGAAUGAGGUGAAAAGUGAUAGGUUGAUAGGGAAAGAGGAAAUUGCUGGGAUUGUUAGGAAGUUUAUGGGAUUGGAUGGUGAUCAUGAGAUGAGUGGUUUGAGGGAGAGAGCUAGAGAGUUGAAGCAGAUAUGUCAACGUGCAAUUGCAAGUGGAGGGUCAUCUGAGACUGAUAUGGAAGCAUUUCUUGGUCACAUUUCACAAUUGUGAUGUUUGUUGUUCUCAUUUUUAUCCUCUGAUUUCUUAUAGGAUCUUAUAGAGUAAUGGAUCCAUUAUAAAAGUACAUGGGAUUUGUUGUAUUCACCAUGUUUUAGGUGCGUUGGCACCAUAAUAAGAUUCAUAUAAGAAAAAAAGUUGUCAUCAGAAGUUAUAUGUGGUGUUGAUAUUUGAUAGUAGUUGAUACAAAAGUGGAACCAAGGGGAAUCUUUACAAGUCUAUGUAGAGACUGUAGUGGAUUAAUAAAUCGUGCGGGUCAUGAUUUACGAUUAGAUCAUUCUGAUGAAGAAAGAGUUUGAACUUUAUGUAUUUUAUUGUUAUUAUUCAAAAACCAAUUGAUUUUGUUUUUAAUUAUUUGAGUAUAACUUUGACAUUA